CGAAGUCCUUGUCUCUGUGCCUCUGAGUUGAAGGGAAAUGGCGUUUGGUGAAACUCUGUGGAUGCUGAUAUUAUAUACAACUAUUUUCAUUCAUUUCUUGCUGUUAGUGUGGGGAGUUUCUUAUCGUCUUACCAGGACCCACCUGCCUCGAGGACUGUCCUAUCGCCUAAUAAUACUGCUUCACGAUUUCGUAGUGGGAUAUGGAUUGGCACUAGCAGGAAUUCUGGAAAAAAUGGGCAUCUGCCAUAGAUAUUCCAUAAUCAGGGCCAUGUGCCUAUUCAUUCCGAUAAUGAAGGACUCCAAACUGAUCAUAAAGGACCUGGUUUUUGAUGGGGUGCCUGUGAGGGUGUACUGGCCCAAGACAUCACCUGCUGGGAACAGGAAAGGAAUCAUCUUUCUUCAUGGAGGUGCUGCGGUGGCUGGAAACAUCCGAACCUCUGAAAUGAUCUGCCGUUCCAUUGCCCACCAAACUGACUCAGUGGUUAUGUGUGCUGAGUAUCGCUUAGCUCCUGAGCAUCCGUAUCCAGUCCCUGUACUGGACUGUUUAACUGCUGUAAUAUACUUUAUGAAAAAUGCAAAGGAAUAUGGAGUGGACCCCAGCCGCAUUGCCAUUGCUGGGGAGAGUAGCGGAGGCACUUUUACUGCAGCCAUUUGCCAAGAACUGGUGACCAGAGAGGACCUCCCAAGAGUGCGAGCUCAGGUCCUCAUUUACCCAUUCCUCCAAGGAAUGGACUUCAAUCUGCCAUCCUAUCAGCAAAACCAUUCAGUUCCUCCUAUGUUCCGGAAAAGAACUGUCAAAGUUGGUUUGACAUAUCUCACUGGGAAGACAAUGAAUGUAGAUGGAGUUCUGAAAGGUGCCCAUGUCCCUCCUGAUUUGAGAGAGAAAUACCAAAAAUGGAUCAGUGCUGAUAACAUUCCAGAAGAAUUUAAAGCUAGGGGCUAUGUUCCUGUAGAACCUGCUCCAUUUUCAGAAGAACUUUAUGAACAAGUUAAAAGAGGUACUGAGACAAUGUUUGCCCCCCUUCUAGCAGAGGAUGACAUAAUCCGCCAGCUCCCAGAGACUUUCAUUCUAACCUGUGAAUAUGAUGGAUUCCGGGAUGAUGGGCUGUUGUACAAGAAGCGGCUAGAGGACAAUGGUGUGCCAGUGACAUGGUAUCAUGUUCAAGAUGGAUACCACGGAGUAAUGGCCUUGGCUGGUUGGGGGCCACUUGCAUUUCUGAGCACACAGAAAUGUUUGCAGAGUGUAAUACAGUUCUUAAAAGGUUUAUAGAAAUGAAU